AUGGCCACACCGUCCGACAAGGGCAACGACCUGGCUGUGGUCCCUGCGGGGACCCCGGUGGCACAUGCGGCUCUCCGGUGGUCUACGGACCUGUGGGAGGAGGUGAUCCUUCGAGCGACGAGGCCGUCUUCGCUGUCUGAGCCCAUCCGCACUGAGGCGGAGGUCCAGAUCAGCCCACCUCGAGAGGGUCUGGAUUGGGAUCUUGCCCUGACGAGCAUCGUGGAGGAGAACUUGAGGCUCCGCAAGGAGAUCAUGGAGAUCAACGGCAUGGCCGGUGGGGUGGUGGUGAAGCACACCAGCAUGGGCCUCCUGCUGUUGCUGUGCUUGCUGAAGGAGCGGCUGUCCAUGGAAGGCACGAACCGGGAGCUCAUGGAGGGCUAG